UGUCUGAGUGAAAACGCACCUAUGUUACGUCAGAAUGCAGUCUAGAUAGACGACAGAGUACUGUAGGUUUAAAACACAACCCAUGAUGUGCAAUGUGAGACAGUGAUGUCAGGCUGUUCUGUUCCUCUAAAUAUAUUCUGGCACAUUCCUCGGUUGGAUCAUUGAGGUUUGAUGCCUCUGUGAUGUCAGCGGUGGCAGGCGUGAUGGUUUGAGGAGGUGGCCGAGCGUGUGAUGUUACGCUGGACGGUGCACCUGGAGGGCGGGCCACGGAGGGUCAAUCAUGCCGCUGUGGCGGUCGGGCACAAGGUCUACUCUUUCGGAGGAUAUUGCUCGGGCGAAGAUUAUGAGACCUUGAGACAGAUAGAUGUUCACGUCUUUAACACAGUGUCUCUGCGCUGGACGAAACUGCCGCCUGUAAGGACCGGAGGCAGAGAGCAUGCUCGGGAAGUGCCUUACAUGCGCUACGGGCACACUGCGGUCCUGGUGGACGAUACCGUCUACAUAUGGGGUGGUCGUAACGACACGGAGGGGGCGUGUAACAAGCUGUAUGCCUUCGAUGUCAAUAGCCACAAAUGGUUCACACCCAAGAUAUCUGGAACAGUCCCUGGUGCCAGAGACGGGCACUCGGCCUGCGUCUUAGGAAAAGCCAUGUACAUCUUUGGCGGAUACGAGCAGCUGGCGGAUUGCUUCUCUAAUGACAUUCAUAAGCUGGACACCACGAGCAUGUGCUGGUCUCUUGUGAACGCCAGGGGUACACCGGCUCGAUGGAGAGAUUUCCACUCGGCUACUAUUAUCGGCAGCAAGAUGUUUGUGUUUGGGGGCAGAGCGGAUCGAUUUGGUCCUUUCCACUCCAACAAUGAGAUCUAUUGCAAUAAAAUCAAAAUUUUUGACACAGAGACCAAUUGCUGGCUCAACACGGCAUCGGCCCAGCUGCUGCCCGAGGGGCGAAGAAGCCACUCGGCCUUUGCUUACAACGGUGAACUGUACAUAUUCGGUGGCUAUAAUGCUCGUCUGGACCGGCAUUUUAAUGACCUUUGGAAGUUUAAUCCAGAGGCGUUCUCCUGGAAGAAGGUAGAGCCGAAAGGUAAAGGUCCUUGUCCCAGAAGACGACAGUGCUGCUGUAUGGUCGGAGAUCGCAUCAUCCUGUUUGGAGGAACCAGGUAAGAUCUGAUUGUUCUUUGAAAAACGUGAGCUGAAUUUACUAAG